AUGGAUAUAGAGUCCUCUAUUCGCUCUUAUGAUCACAGCUUGAAGCAAUUAUACCGGGAGCAUCUAGGGGCUACCACGACCCUGCAAUCGACGAUGAUAGAAGAGGUCUUGCCAGAUGUAGUCAAUGAAUUGUCACUCGAUACACCUCAAGAAGAUGGAGCGAGGGUGUGGCUCUCGGACCUCCGUAAGAUACUAAUACUUUUUCGGUUCUUUCCGAACCAGAGGCACAGAUUCGUUACCCCUUUCGCUUUGACGGCACUAAGGUCCUCUCUGUUGUGGUGUCUCACAAGGCCCUCCGGCGAAGCGCCUUCCAUUCCGCACCUACUUUGCGGCCUACCCAUGUCGUCAAGAGACACUGUUGGCAGACCGAUACUCAUUCUUCGCCUGGAAUAUUUGGAUGGUCCCCUAGAUACGCUCAAAGAAUAUUUUUCAUGUAUGACCGAAGCACUACGGGCUGCUCUCGCCGUAAUCAACUCUCAACAAGCUCGAUCCGAGGACCCUGUCCUCCAAUACAGUCUCCUCAUCGACAUGAAGAAUGUUGCCACGAGGAACUUUAACAUUGAGCUAUUGACUUGGUAUUCGAGGGUACUCGUCCCAUUGUUCCCGGGCAUGAUCGCAACAGUGUUUAUGAUGAACUUCUCUUGGACCCAAGCUGGCUUAUGGAGUAUUGCAAAACGCGUCCUCCCGGAGCCUGCUUUGUCCAAAGUCUUCUUUCCUUCCGUGGAAGAACUUCAUAUCGCUAUACCACACGAUCUUCCCAGCGAACAUCACUGGUUGAACCGAAUGGGGAACCCCUCACAAGACACACCUUCUACUCAGGAUCAUGACGUCGACUAUGCAUCUUUCACGACGCCCUCUUUACCCCCUAAAGUCAUUGCACCAACCCUUGACCGUCAACGGCAUGAAAUAUCAUCAAGAUCGACUUCCAAUCCAUUCUUUGGGUAUCCCGUCAGAUCCUCGCCAGCACCGUCAUCGUCUUCCGUCCCAAAUCUCCGACACGGACGACAACGCAAGAGGGAUCUCGUCCGCACGUUGACCGUUCUUCUGUGGCACCGGUGGAAAACCCACCUGACCGUUGGCUUGAUUGUUUGCGUGGCAGCUUUCGCAGUUCGUCUGACAACCAGGAAGUGGCGGCUUUCGCGGAUGUUCAAGUAA